AUGGCACUUGACAUUUCUGGAAAUAAUUACUUGUCAUGGGUACUCGACGUUGAAAUUCACCUUGACACUAAAGGUCUUGGUGCCACUAUUACAAAUGGUAAUACAGUGUCGAGUCAGGACAAAGCGAAGGCAAUGAUUUUCCUUCGUCAUCAUAUGGAUGAAGGAUUGAAGGUUGAAUACCUUACCAUGAAAGAUCCACUUGGAUUUUGGACUGGUUUUAAGGAAAGGGGAUUUAAAAAGUAUUCUGAGUUGAUCUCAUGCCUUCUUGUGGCUGAGCAACAUAAUACUCUCUUAUUGAAAAAACAUGAGGCCCGUCCUAUGGGAACUGCUCCGUUAACGGAAGCAAAUAAGGUUGAAGCACAGGACCAGUUUGAAAGAAGACAAAACAAAAAUCAAGGUCAAAAUAAUGUGCGUGUGGACGUGGCAAUGGCAGAUGACGAUAUAAUAAUCAUCGUGGUGGUGGUCGCCACAAAAGGGAGAACAAUAUGGGUUCUCAAAGCAAUACUUCAAGAGGCAAUUGUCAUCGUUGUGGCAUGA